AUGCAACCCAUUCUCUUCUAUGACAUUCCCUUCCAAGUGGUUGGUGAGACAUGGUCGCCCAACACCUGGCGGACGAGGUACUCGCUCAACUACAAAAACCUGCCUUACACCACGAUCUGGGUCGAAUACCCUGAUAUCGCCGCUCUCUACACGGAAACACUGAGGAUUCCACCCAGCACUACGCUCAAGAGCGGCAAGCCAUAUUACUCCUUACCGGUCAUCCACGACCCCAACACGGGCGAGACGGUCUCCGACUCGAUGCGCAUUGCCGAGUACCUUGACAAAACCUACCCCAGUUCGGGUGCCGGCCCGAUUAUCCCGGCGGGCACGCGUGUGUUGCAGCAGACAUUCCAAGUCGCGUAUGACCACAUCUCGACGCCGAUGGUCCCCAUUAUUAUCCCGCGGAUACCAGCGGUGCUGAACCCGCGCUCGCGGGAGUAUUUUCUGCGGACACGGGAGGUCAGCUUUGGUAAGCCGUUGGCGGAGGUUUUGCCGAAAGGUGAGGAGCACACUGCGAAAUGGGCAGAAACCAAGGCUGCAUUCGCGAAGAUCGAUGGGUGGAUUCAGGCAAGUGGGGGGCCGUUUAUGAUGGGCGACAUUGUCUCGCUGGCCGAUUUCGUAGUCGCAGGCGAGAUGCACUGGGUCAGGAUUGCAUUAGGCGCUGAUAGCGACGAGUGGAAGGAAUGGGCUGAAUGGAAUGACGGGCGGUGGGCGAAGCUGCUUGCAAAUCUUGAAAAGUAUGAGGGGCAAGACAAUUUGUGA